UUCCGCGGCCUCUAUAUAAACACAUGAAACCAUGCAUACGAAUACAAUGAAAGUUAGCAAUAACAUAUAUAGUUUUCAAGAUGGUGUUAAAAGUGGAAUUACUUUCUAAAGAGAUGAUGAUGAAGCCAUCAUCACCAACUCCACCUCACCUCAAAACCUUCAAACUAUCCUUUCUUGAUCAAAUCUCACCGCCAUGUUUCAUCCCUCUCAUCUUCUUCUUCCAUGACGCUGCUGCAAAUGGUGAAGAUGAUCAUCGUGUCUGUUCAUCACAACUGCUGAAGCAAUCUUUAUCGAAGGUCUUAACCCUGUUUUAUCCCUUAGCUGGACGGAUCAAAGGAAACGAUUUCAUUGAUUGUAGUGAUGAUGGCGCGCUGUGGGUUGAAGCUCGCGUUCAUGGCUUCCUCAAAGAUGUGGUUGAGAAUCCAUUAAUGGAGGAAUUAGAAAAGUUUCUUCCCAAAACUAGUGAUGAUAGUGAGUUAAUGCUUGGUGUUCAAGUAAAUUAUUUUCUUGACGGCGGAAUAGCCAUCGGGGUUUGGGUGUCGCACAAGAUCGCCGAUGCACUCUCUCUCGUCAACUUCGUCAAUGCAUGGGCCGUCAUCGCCCGCGAAGGAGACGCCGCCGCCGGCAAAAUCUCGCCGCCCAAUUUCGGGUUGAUGUCGUCUCUCUUCCCGCCAACGACGAUGGACCUGUCCGGGUCUGGAUUCUCGCCUACCUUUGGCAUGACGAGGGAAAAGAUAGUCACAAAGCGCGUCGUGUUCGACAAAGAAAAGCUGGCAGCUCUGAAGAAAUCUGCGGCGGCGGAGUCGUCGGGAGUGGGAAACCCCACUCGCGUGGAGGCCCUCUCCGCCUUCAUGUGGAAGAAUUUCAGGGAGGCGAGUAGGAAAAAAUCCCAAGACACUUCCAUGAAGAAAACGAUCCGGGCCACCCACAACGUGAACCUCCGUGCGAGGAUGAAACCGCCGCUCCCGGAGGCGACGUUCGGGAACCUUUGGAGUCCGGUAAAUACUACAGAAUCGCCGUGCCCAGACGACGACGACCUGGUGUUUCAACUGAGAACUUCCAUAAGGGAAAUCAACGCGGAAUACGUAGAAGCUUUGCAGAACGAGAAAGGGCAAUCGGAACAUCUCCGUAAAUGGCAUGAACGUUUCACCGGCGAAGUGGAAGCUGAGUUCAUGGAUUUUAGUAGCUGGUGCAGGUUUCCAAUAUACGAGGUAGAUUUCGGUUGGGGAAGGCCUGUUUGGGCAUGCCCACCAGCAUUUCCGUACAAGAAUUUCAUUGUAUUCAUGAGCACCAAAUGUGGGGAUGGGAUUGAAGCUUGGAUUAACAUGGGUGAAGAAGAUGAUGAUAUAUAUAUGGAAGCAGGGUUGUGUGAUCCAGUUAGGCUUAUUUAAUUUGAAUAAAAUUAAAUAUGAAAUACUCAUAAUUAUAAGAUGCACCAACGAUUUACCAUAUGUAAUUUGUUAUAAAUAUUUAUUUUAUUUAUGGUGGUUAUCUAUUUUUUUCAUAUUUUAGUGUUGUAUGCGGGUUUUCCUUUUCGAUUUAUUAAUGAAAAUGUAGUUCUUGUAUUUUCCA